UUUUCUCCCUUCACAGCCCAGGUAUGGAUUUGCAUCUGUGUGGUGACAGCACUGGUGGGCCCAGUGCUGUAUGUAGUGAGCCACAUAAUGAUAGUGUAUGUGGGGAAGAAGGACCAUGUCCACCACUCAAUGCAGAGCCUUAGCUUCAACAUGUACAGGAACCUGAUGGUGCAGAACAUCGACAUCACUUCCCUCACUGGAGCCUUCGUUUCAUCUUCUUCUUCUGGUACCUCUUCUGUUUCUAUAUAUAUGCAAUGUAUUCAGGAACAUUAACAGCGGUACUGGCGGUCCCAGCAUUUGAGAAGCCUAUCGACUCUCUAGAGCACUUAGCACAGGCUCACCAUGAUGGCUACACCAUUGGUACCACCCGUGACUCCAGCUUUGAAGAUGCAUUCAAGGGGGCAGUCAGUGGAAUCUACCAUGAAGUGUGGAAGCUGUUCAACCAUAAGGAUCGGGACCAGAGUUUUCUUUCCACGCCAGCCAGUGGCUUUGAUAUGAUCCUGAAGCAGAAAUAUGUAUACAUCAAUGCCCAGCUCAACUCUGAGCUGAUAGCCACACAGCAAGGACGUGCAAAUUAUUACAUCGCCCGUGAAACUUUCUUACCCCAGGGUUAUGGAAUUGCCUGCAGUAGUGGCUCACCCUUCAAGGAAGUUUUCAGCAAUAUUCUUCUACGACUGACAGAGGCUGGCCUGGUGUACAAGUGGGCAGAUAAUGAAGUGAACAAGGUUGCCAAGAACAACUCCCCCACGAGUGAGACUGGACCAACAGCCAUUAAGAUUCAGCACUUACAGGCAGCAUUCUUCAUGUUGGUAAUAGGUUUUGCAACUUCUGCAGCAGUUUUUGGUGGAGAGAUUGUGGCUAGUAGACUGAGACAGAAUGACAAAACCACAAAACUUAUGGAAAAGGUUGUUUCUCAAACUAAGGACCAUCCUCCACAGCCAAGAACAGUCAGCAGAGGGACCUGGGUUAUUUAAGCAGUCUCUGUCAAUGCAAACCAGUGACCUCCACUCAUCUUACAAGGCCAGUGACUCCCACCUGUCAUACAGAGCCAGCAACUCCUUCCCCUUGUCCAAAGUCAGUGACUCCUCACGAUUAUGCAAAGACUGACUUCCACCCAUUAUGUAAAAAACAAUGAAAUUGCAACCCAAGCUGAACAGAUUACGUGAAAUAUUUACCUCUCAUGGUCAAGUGAAUUUUGAAAUUUACUUGCACAAAUAUUUUUUUUUAUUUACACUGACAAAUUUUGGAGGAAAUUUGCUUGCUCAUUUUUUAAGGGAAAAAUUCAGCAAAAUGUAAAAAUUUUGAAAUUUAUGUGCCCAUCAACUCACAGUUCACUUGUGUGCAUCUAAAUCCCUUUUACCCUCACCCUUCUGAAUACAAUGGUGUUUAAGAACCUUGUCGAUUUUCUUUGCUUCUUUUUCAUGUUGAUGUUUUCUCUUCAUUUUGUAACACAACUCUACAUACAUAGUAAUCUGUAGGAGCUUUUAUACUAAAUUAUCAAAAUAGGUCACUGUGAGAACAGACCACUAGAAGUAGGAGGGAUAAGCUGUGACAUCACUGAGGCUGUAGCAUGCAUCUGGGCUUUCUUAGCAGGUCAAGUCAAUGUGGGAAAAGAAAAGUCGGGGAUCAGCUCAGCUGUGACACGUCACUAUAUGGCGUCAGGUCAAGCCCCCCCACCUCACUGAUUCAACUUGUAAGGGGAGGCUGCGUUACGCAGCUCCUGCAAUAUUCUCUUCCUCUCAAAAUAAUAUUAACUUGUCCACUGGGGAUGUGCUGCACACAGAUAUGAAAAAUCACUUGUCCAGCCUCUAGUCUGAGCCGCUGGGCAUUGCUAAUCUGCACAGCCCGUUGCAACCAUUAUUUGAAGGCUGACUUCCACCCAUCAUUUAGAGACAGUGAUUUCCACCCAUUAUACAAAGACUGACUUACAAUCAUUGUGUGAAACAACUUCCACCUGUUAUGGACCAAGUUUCACAAGCAGAAACUAAGUCCACCAUUAACUUGCUGGACUUAUGUUUUCUUGGGACUUUUAGUUCACACCAUCCAGGUAACAGAAAUUGUCUCGCCAAAUCCUGGACAGACAAGUUGCUACACUGAAACUGCUGUCGGAGGAUGACAAAUAAAACCUGUAUUGGGUGAAGAAAGAGUCGGGCUUCCUGUUGAAUUAAGAAUCUGAUUUGGGCGCCAUUGGUUGAUUCGUCACUAUCAAUGGGAGCGUCUCAAAUGAUAGGGAUCCCUCCCUUCACCCUAAUCUGGUCAAUAGCUGCCUUGAACUUAUCAAGGAGCUCCUCACUGGCCAAUAUCAUUGCCUCCUGUACCGAGGCAGAUAAUGGGUUUGUUCCCAUUACCAGACAAGAUAUUGUCCAUCCUGUCAACUAUAUCCCCCACCCCAGCCCCUGGCAAACACCCUCAUCCUAUUUCUAUUUUUGGCACAGAAAGCUCUAUCUAGGUACUUUACCUGGAAAUCACCAACAAUUAAGGUUUUUGUACCUUCCUUGUCAGCCUUGCCCUUGACUGUUACCGUCCAUUUCAUCUGCCAAGGAAUUAAAAAAGUUAGUACACUUAGCUGUUGUCGUUUCCUUGGUGUCUUUGUUCACCACCAGUUUGGUCUCUCCUCACGACCCUCCAUUGGUCUGUAUUCUUGUUAGACACAGACUCCUCCUGUCUAGUGUGUCUUCCUCCUUCAUCCUUGCAAUCAUUUCCUUUAACUUCAAGUUUUUGUCCUUGACCUUCAUUAAUUCAGCUUUCAAAAAGGCACAUAGCCAUUGCACUGUCAGUUAAUCCCGGGAGCUAAAUCGGCUGUGUUUCCCUUUUCCUGCGUGGGUUUUAUCAAGAUUAUCUUCUCUAUGUUGCCAUUGCAGAUGUACAAGAAGAUUUUAAAACAUAAUUAGCAUAUCCUCAUAAUUAUUGUCAUAUUAUAUAGCCGUUUUCCGUACUGGCAUGGGUCUGCUGCGAUUACCUGAUGGUAGCUGUUGUGUAAAACUAGAUGUCCUCCUGCUCACCACAGCAAACCUAGGGUACAGGUUGCCAGCCAAAAAAAUGCAGCAGAGGUGAAAGGAUGGGUACAAUUCUGGUGACCCUGUGGCCAUCACACAUGUUGAAGCAAAGUUUUACAGCUGAAUACCCUUCCUAACACCAACUCACAGUGUGGGAAUGGCUGGCAAAGCAGGGCUGCAUCUCCCUGAAGUAAUGAAAAGAUUACCUGCCUGUACAGUAUACUGUAUACAGUACUUUAUAAAACUACAGGAGGUUGAAGCAAGUUCUAUUAAUUAUAACAAUUACAAGAGACCUCACCCUAUAGCCACUUAUAGAUUAGUUUGGAUUUGUUUAAGCUAAUUUAGAUAUUUGGUGGAUGGAGAGGUGUUCAAAGUCAAAAUUUGCACAUCAGUUUUAUUUGAAAGCCAUGAAUCCUCACAUAAAAUAAAAUAUAUAUACACUUCAAAAUAUUCUUCUGCUAGAAUUGAAUACAAAAAUUAUGUAUUAAAAGUAUUUAAUAAUUAAAUUCAUCAUGGAUACAGAACAUUCGUUCCUGACAUACAUUAUUAAUACACAACCUCACCGCUGUGUUAUUGAGCUCGGAGUACAACCUCUCUCCAUAUAGCAAAAAUUUUGGGAUGAUCAGUACAGGUAUCCCCCAUUCACAGUGUUCAUUUUAUUAUGUACUUCCCUCUUAUAGAGUGGUAGCAAAUUUCAGUUUAGCACAGUCUGCCAUGACACAGAAACUGGCAGUCCCCAAUGCACAUGUGAGAUGAAGCUGACCACUGUCACUUUACCUAAAGGUUGGUUACUUGGUGGAAGCUUUAUACUGCAUGUAUUGUGUGCUUAUUUGAAAGGAAACUGUAUGGUACUACACUGCAAUACUUGGAAUUUAUAUGCCAUAUAAAUACUUACAGCAUUAUUUUGUGUUGAUUAACAGCUGUUAUAAAGUGUGGGAAAUUACUAAUUGUAAUUUAAGCCUCAUCAUGCCUAAAUUAAGUCUUCCACUCUUGCUGCUAAAUGAAGUCUAUUGCUGUACUUUAGUUGUCAAAUUAAAUACAGCAAGUUAAUCACAGGAUUGAUAUUGCUAACUGAAUGGGUGUAGCUGCAUCUACUGUGUGUACUGUACAGGUACUAUAAUAAAGUUUAGCUCUUC